CGCGAGGACAGUCAUAGAGGCGCGCGCCGCGGCUGCGUCCGGAGCGUCAAAUGGAACAUCGACUAGACAGCGUAAUCUAUCAUUCCAGCGAGUUUAAUACACCUGGGGCGCUGAAUCAGGCUGUACCGGCGCACAGAUCCGUCGUUUGCAAAACAGACUCGGCGUUACGAAACAUUUGCCGUCUCCUGAGCUCGCGUACGCGACGUCGAAACUUCAUGGAAACAGUUCCGAACGUGAAAAAACUUCGUGAUUAUAUCGCGUGAACAAAUUAGCGCAUAUUUAAAAUUCGCGCAGCGCAAAAAAAACGAUCGCUUGCGUCGGCAGUUGAACUCCGCGGUUCGAGGCUGUAGCUGCGAAGAAAAAUGCUCUUUUACAAAUCGACACGAUCGCGCCAGUCUAUGCUUUGCUCGUGCGAUUCAGACACGAACGCGGUCGAUCCGCGCGCCUCGAGGGCGAUGUCAUCUAACAUGCCGUGCAGUUACAGAGCCAAAAACGGCGUCUGCACGAUGUUAUAGCACACCGCGCGCUCAUCCUUUCGCCAUCCUUUCUUAGCUCAUAUCCUUUCGCUGAGGCGCGUUCUAUACAAAAAAUGUUCAUCGGUCAGUUGAAAGAAGACGCGAUCAAGUGUUGAAACCGAUCUAUGGGUGAAAAACUUUUGUAUAGAACGCACCUACCUUCGUAAUAGCCACUAGCCUACUGUACUUCCGUACUUCCGUAUUUUAGACUACGUACGUUGUACACGUAC